UUUUACAGUUUACAUUUUUUAUUGUUUUGAUCAGAAAUAUAGUUUUGAUGUUCACUUUAGUUAAACGUUUGUGAAAUCAACAACACUAGAUAAGUGAAUUAUAUUUUCAACUGUAAUUUAAGAUUUCUACAGUUACGUCUCAAAAUGGCAGAAGAUCUUCAGAAUUAUAAACUACAGUUGCAACAGGUUGAAGCAGGACUGCUUACAGAUCCUGAAAAUCUGGAAUUAUUAAAAUUGAAAGAGGGUCUUGUGGAAGUAAUUGAAUUGACCAAUGAUCUUAUUAAAACUCAAUGUGAGGAACAGAAAAAGUCUUCAUAUGUGGAACCUAUAUCUGGAGUUAAUAUAUCGGAAUAUUACGAUGAAAUUGAAGCUGCUUUAAUAGAAGCAGAAAAAUUAGUUACUGCUCCACAAAACUGGAAAGUGGGCGAUAAAUGUAGAGCUAAGUGGAUAGAAGAUGGUAAAUACUACGAUGCAAUUAUUGAAGACAUCAGCACCGAAGGAGAAGUUAGUGUUGUGUUUGAUACUUAUCAAAACCGGACAACUACAACAAUCAACGAAUUAAGGGAUUGCACAACUAGAAAUGAAGUUUUUCCUUCAUCAAGACGACAUCACCCCAACCAAAAGGAAUAUUUGAAGAAACGAAAACAAAAAAAAUUACAAAGGUUCAAAGAAUUGGAGGAAGAGCGAGAGUGUGACAAAAAGAAAUGGCUUAAUUUCACAACUAAGAAUCUGAAGAAACCGGGAAUGAAAAUAAAGAGUAUAUUUGCGUCUCCUGAUACGGUUUCAGGGCGCGUCGGCAUUGGAACAUGUGGCGUUUCCGGAAAAGGAAUGACCGAAUACACGGUUGGUGAGAAGUAUCGUAAAGGUUUCUAAAUUUUCAUUGUUGAUGUCAUGACAAUAAAAAAAACAUAAGUUUGACCAUA